UGGCUCAUGCACCUGUCAUUAACGCCAUGGGGACGCCGAACAGUUCUCCUGGCGCGUUGCGAACACAGACGCCACUUCACUCUUAUUUUUAUGAUGAAUGUAAACAUCAACGAUUGUUCCCCGCAACCUCAAAUAUCAAUCCGAAAGUGGAGAAAAUAAAGUGACUAAUGCCACAGGAGGAGUCAUAAUUGUGCCGUGUUGGACUAAAAUCUCAGCAAUGUCGCUACUGUGCGUGCGAGUAAAAAAGGCCAAGCUCCAAGGACCUCCAGACAAGUUUAAUGUGUAUGUCACGCUGAAGGUCCAGAAUGUUAAAAGCACAACCAUUACGGUGCGAGGAGACCGGCCCUGCUGGGAACAGGAUUUCAUGUUUGAGAUUAAUCGUCUGGACCUGGGUCUGGUUGUGGAGGUGUGGAAUAAAGGGCUCAUCUGGGACACUUUGAUAGGAACAGCAUGGAUCCCACUUAACACCAUACGCCAAUCAGAUGAGGAGGGGCCUGGAGAAUGGACCUCACUGGAUUCUGAGGUUCUGAUGAAGGAAGAUGAGAUAUAUGGCACUAAAAACCCCACUCCUCACCAAGUGCUGCUGGACACACGUUUUGAGCUCCCUUUCGAUAUCCCCGAUGACGAGGCCCAGUACUGGACUAAAAAGCUGGAGCUCCUCAACUCUAUGAGUAUACAUGAUGAGUAUUCACUGCAAGAUGAAGCACAGAGAAGACAGCUGCCCUCAGUGCCCUCCCAGUGCUGCAAUUGGACAUACUUUGGAUGGAAUGAACAGCAGACUUUUGAUGACCAUGACAGGGAUAGUGAUUACCGCAGUGAGACAAACAGCAGGCCUCCACGAUACCACACCACAGCUCAACCCAAUUCCUCUGCACAUCAGUACCCCAUUGGCCGGAGAUUACAGAAUCAGGCAAUAUCAAAAGAGUCUAGGACAGACUCUAUCCAGAGCUAUGACUUGGAUUAUAGAGAAGGAAGGGAACAGAGCCCGGUGGACAGUUCUCGAUUUGGGUCUUCUGGUAACCUUAGCCAAGCCAGUUCCCAGUUCAGCUCUGAGCCAGAAGAGGAAGAACAAAACUAUUCAGAUGCUCAGAUCAGACCUUCUGUGGUAGCUUCACCUCUUCCAGUCUUAGAUGACACAGAAAAAGGGGAAAGAGAGAUAUUAUCAAAUGUGGAGGAAGAAGUACAGGAAGAGAGCAUGCCAACGCCAGUUGUUGAUCAAGGGAGAAAGCCAGAGAGGCAACACAGUUUUUAUGAGGAUGGACCACCUCCUUUCUCUCCUUCCCGCCUGCGCUGGUUGAAGGCCAUCAAUAAAGUCAGAGUGAAGCUGCAUGAGUUCUUUGCUCUUUUGUUGUUUGGCUGAUUGAGAUUCACAUGACAAAUUCAAAGUCACAGGCUGCCACUGGGAAUUAAAAUAAUGACAUUUCAGUUAUUUACGAUGUUGAUUCUAUUUGAAUGGCCUGUAUUUACAGGAUAACUUUAAGAUCUAUGUAUAGUUUUAUUUUAUUUUUUUAUUAUUUGUUUGUCAUGUACUGUUUUGUAUGUAAAAUAAGUUUUUCAUUUCAUUUCAUUUUUUUCAGCUCUUUGCUAUUGAGCGAUCAUGUUUGUGUUGUGAGUUUGUUUUGUUUUCAGUUUCCUCUCAGUAACCCCAUUAUAAAAAAUCGGCUAUUUGAGACACAUUUAAAAGGUCUUUUAAAAAAUCUCCAAUGGGUUCCAGUAGUGUGAUGUUCUAAUAAAUAUGUUCUAAAAAAAUGCCUCAGUUUUUUUAAUCUCUUUUUUUAUGGUUUAACAUAGUCCGUGCAGAGGUUGUCAUAUAGAAUUAGCGUUGUGACCUUGAAUGGUCUUUAGAGACUAAAUGUCAGAUUAUGUACCUCAGAUUCUUUAAAAGCUGGAAAAACUUUGAGUUCGUAUCGCAAUGCAUAGACAGUCCACCAAUCUAAAUGAUGGUAAAAUCAGAAAAGGAUGUUACAAAGACAGUAACAGGGAAAGUUUUGGGCAGAAAAUUUGUCUAGAAAUCAUCACUAUUUUUCUGCUGACAGCUUAA